AUGCCCAGCAAAAUCUUCGGCGUUGACCUACGCCUGCCCCAGCCGCAGAACGAAAGGCCUGGCAAAACAACUUCAAGCGCCACCAACAGUCCUGCUUCAUCCCGAAGAGGCCUCAAGUUGGGGAGCAGCGACAAGAAGAACAAGGAACGGUCCUUGUCGAAAGAUCGCAAAAUUGGGCCGUCGCAACUGUCGCCUUCAAUCCAACCGAAGUCCGUGAAAUUGGGCAUGUACAUGGAAAGCCCGCCGACUCUGUUUAUCGGCGCACCGUCACAAUCAUCCGGAGUGUUGAUGUCCGGGCGGCUGCAAGUCACUCCCAACGUCCCAGAAGCCACACUCAACAGCGUCACUAUGUAUCUGGAAUGCACAACGACCACGAAGCGACCAGUCUCCGAUCGGUGCCGCGAAUGCCAGACUCAGAUCAACGACCUGUAUGAGUGGCAUUUUUUCACGCAACCGAAGACUUUCAAGGCGCAAAAUGGGAUGCAAGAGCUGCCAUUCUCGCACUUGAUUCCCGGACACCUUCCUGCGACUACUCACGGCCAGAUUGGAAGCCUCGAUUAUUCACUUCAUGUGAAAGCGAAGGCAGCUGACGGGCAAGAAAUCGAAUUCCGCCGCGAGCUCAAGUUCCAGCGGGCGCUGCUUCCUGGGAACGAGAAGAACAGUGUUCGCAUUUUCCCACCAACCACGCUCGCACUUCACGUCACACUCCCGAGUGUCAUCCACCCGAUCGGCGAAUUUCCGAUACAAUGUCGUAUGACGGGCAUCACGACGCAGAAGGGUAACGACACCGCCCGCUGGCGACUGCGAAAACUUCUCUGGCGCAUCGAAGAGUUCGAGUCCAUGGUCUCACCAGCUUGCAGCAAGCACGCCAGCAAAGUCGGCGGCGAGGGCAAAGGCAUCUCGCACGAGAACACCCGCGAGGUCGGCAUGGACGAGCUCAAACAAGGCUGGAAAACGGACUUUGACGGCGAAGGCUCGAUCGAGGGCGAGUUCAACGCCGCUAUCGAUGCGUCUGCGAAACCACAGUGCGAUGUGAAUGCACAGAACGGCCUCAGGAUAUCGCACACCCUCAUCAUUGAGCUGGUCAUUGCGGAGGAAUGGGCCACGGGCAAGAAGCCUGGCGCUGCCACUCCAACCGGUGCCGCCAGGGUGCUUCGCACGCAGUUCAAUCUCAAUGUGACGGAACGAGCAGGCAUGGGCCUGAGCUGGGACGACGAGCAGCCGCCCAUGUAUGAAGAUGUUCCAGUAUCGCCACCGCACUACCAGGGGGAGCACACGACCAUGACAGACUACGAAGGCGAUGAUUUGCAUGAGGAUGUGGAGCACUUGGUCCUCACGCCUUGA